GAGAAAUCAGACAACUAAAGGAGAUUAGCUUCUUUCCUUUCUCUUUUCCCCUUCACCUUUAUUUUCUUGCUGCUUCUGCUAAGCAUCUUUUUUUCUCACUUUUUAGCUCCUCUAUCAUUCUUGUUCAUUCUUUACCUUCCUCUUGGUUAAAAAAAAAAGUAUUUUCCCUUAGGUUCUCUUGCUUUAAUUUGAUACUUUGAUUCCAUACUUCCCUCUUAUUUCUUUCCAUUUCUUCAGCUGAAACCUGUUAGUAAAAUCUUUGAUUCUUGUUGAGCUUUGUCUCUCUGGCAUUGAUCAUUUGAUCACAAAGUCUAAUUCCUUUUCUUAUUGGGAUUUUCUCUUUUCCCUAGGAAUUGUUCUUGGACCUUAAAUACCUUUGCUGAAAUUCUUUGUUGAUCCCUUCUUGGUUCUGCUGUUCUAAGCUUAAAAAUCCCACUUUCUUGUUUUUCAUUUCCAAGAUUGUGACUUUCUUACUUCUUCAAUUGUUGGGUGUCUGAGAAUUCCUUUUUUUUAUUCAUUUGUUUGGUUAUUUGUAGUUUGUAUUCUAUUUGUUUGAGCUCAAAAAUCUUUAAAAUUUGCUCUUGUUUCUUUUUCUCCUUGUAAUGGUCUUAUUUUCUGUAUUUCCCUGUUAGUUCUUGGUAUAAAGUUGUUAACUUUACUUCUUCUGUUUUUUCCUUUUGAUUAAUUGAAUUCUGUUGAUCCUAUCUAAAUUGUGUUCUUGAUUCCAUGGGACUUUGUCAUGGAAAACCCAUUGAACCCCCACAAAACUUGUCUGAAAAUCCCAUAAUUCCCAUUGAUAAUGAGGCUGAAUUGAGUUCCCACACAGGAAAAACACCAAAGUUUCCUUUUUACAGUCCAAGUCCUUUGCCUAGUGGAUUCAAGAAUUCCCCAGCUUCCAAUUCUAGUGUAACUUCAACCCCUUUGAGAUUUCUCAAACGCCCAUUUCCACCACCAUCACCAGCUAAGCAUAUUAGGGCAUUGCUUGCUAGGAGACAUGGCUCAAUUAAGCCUAAUGAAGCUACAAUUCCUGAGGGGAGUGAGUGUGAUAUUGGUUUGGAUAAGAAUUUUGGAUACUCAAAGAAUUUCUUAAGCCACUAUGAGCUUGGAGAAGAAGUGGGAAGGGGCCAUUUUGGUUAUACUUCUGCAGCUAAGGGGAAAAAAGGGAGUUUGAAAGGGCAUGAUGUGGCUGUUAAAGUUAUUCCAAAAUCAAAGAUGACCACAGCAAUUGCAAUUGAGGACGUAAGGAGAGAAGUCAAAAUAUUGCGUGCUUUAACAGGAAAUAGGAAUCUGGUUCAAUUCUAUGAUGCCUAUGAGGACGAGGAAAAUGUUUAUAUAGUCAUGGAGUUAUGUAAAGGAGGAGAAUUACUGGACCGGAUACUUGCAAGGGGUGGGAAAUACUCAGAAGAAGAUGCCAAAGCUGUCAUGGUGCAGCUUCUAAGCGUGACAUCGUACUGUCAUCUUCAAGGGGUUGUUCACCGUGACUUAAAGCCUGAGAACUUCCUUUUUGUUUCUAAGGAUGAGAACUCUCCUUUAAAGGCCAUUGACUUUGGUCUUUCUGAUUACGUAAAACCAGAUGAAAGGCUUAAUGAUAUUGUUGGAAGUGCAUGCUAUGUUGCUCCUGAGGUUUUGCAUAGAUCUUAUGGAACAGAAGCGGACAUGUGGAGCAUUGGUGUAAUUGCCUAUAUUCUUCUAUGUGGAAGCAGGCCUUUCUGGGCGCGAACAGAGUCCGGUAUAUUUAGGGCCAUCCUGAAAACUGAUCCAAACUUUGAAGAAACCCCUUGGCCCUCUUUGUCUUCUGAUGCAGUAGACUUUGUAAAAAGAUUGCUGAAUAAGGAUUACCGCAAAAGGCUAACUGCAGCUCAGGCUCUCAGUCAUCCUUGGUUGGCUGGUUAUCAU